UCUGGGAGGCGGAGUAGAAGCUGAGGGUUCUCUGCUGAGCUUGUCGUCUCUUUCCAUCCAUCCAUCCAUCCAUCCAUCCAUCUCUCCGUCAGUCCCGAGCUGGGACGAUCCCCUCCGGCUCGGCAGGGAAACACUUGAUUAAGAGAGGGCACCGUCGAUUGGAAGGGCGGCGGGGGAUGGAAGCCGACGACCCGAGCAGAUAUUAUUUUGAGCAAUUUCAAGCAUUUUACCAGUUUCCGUAUUAUCCAAUGAUGGCUGCACCUCCCAGCAUGGACUUUAUGAAUGAACAACCAGCUCUGCCAGAAAUCCCACUCCCACUCCCAACCUUUGAACCGGAACCGGAACCGGAACCUGAACCUGAACCUAUUCAAGAAGAAAAAGGUAGAAAAAGAAGAACCAGAUCUUCGGAGGCAAAAAAGUCAGAGCCGAAAAAACCUGCAACCCCCAGAGCACCCAGGGCAGCCAAAUCCAAGGGGAAACAAGAAAAAAUUACCGACACUUUCAAAGUGAAAAGGAAAGUGGAUCGUUUUAAUGGGGUUUCAGAAGCUGAACUUCUGACCAAGACCCUACCUGAUAUUUUGGCCUUCAACCUGGACAUUGUCAUUAUUGGCAUAAACCCAGGACUAAUGGCAGCUUACAAAGGGCAUCAUUACCCAGGACCUGGAAACCAUUUUUGGAAGUGUCUCUUUAUGUCUGGGCUGAGUGAGGUCCAGUUAAAUCAUAUGGAUGACCAUACUUUGCCAGGAAAGUAUGGUAUUGGCUUUACAAAUAUGGUGGAGAGGACUACUCCGGGCAGCAAGGAUCUUUCAAGUAAAGAGUUUCGAGAAGGAGGGCGUAUUUUGGUGCAGAAAUUACAGAAAUACCAACCUCGGAUAGCGGUUUUCAAUGGAAAAUGUAUUUAUGAAAUUUUCAGCAAGGAAGUUUUUGGAGUAAAAGUUAAGAAGUUGGAAUUUGGACUUCAGCCUCAUAAGGUUCCUGAUACAGAAACUCUCUGCUAUGUCAUGCCGUCCUCCAGUGCGAGAUGUGCUCAGUUCCCGCGGGCACAAGAUAAAGUUCAUUAUUAUAUCAAACUGAGAGACUUGAGAGACCAGUUGAAAGGCAUUGUACCUAACUCGGAUGUACAGGAGGUGCAAUAUUCAUUUGAUCUUCAGCUUGCCCAAGAGGAUGCCAAGAAGAUGGCUGUUAAGGAAGAAAAGUAUGAUCCGGGUUACGAGGCAGCGUAUGGAGGUGCUUACUGUGAAAGGGCAUGUGAUGUCGAUCCGCCGUGUGCCUUCUCUUUGGAUGGAACAGGAACAAAUAAUAUAGCCUUAUGUGGAGAACCAACUUUUGGGGACAUUGCAAGUGAUCAGUGGAUGACGCAGUCAUUCACAGAUCAGAUUCUGCCUUCCUUCAGUCCCUUCGGGACCCUAGAGCAAGAAGGCGGCUGUAUGUGAAGAUGGCCUCUCGGAGCUCUUGCUACAUCCUGCAGUUUUAAUGCAGCUGCCUAGAAGGGUGCUUCAGUUCACCAACUGAAGCAUUUUAGUAGAACUUUACUUCUGUCGUUAUUUUCUGAUAGUCCAAUUUGUGUGGUAAAAUUAACUUUAUGAACUAGAUAGUUUGAAAACAAACGUAGAUCCUUUUGUAUGUGAGUUUUUAUAUUUAACGUAUGUUAUUGUUUACAGUUUUUGACAAACUGUAGUCUCAUUUUUGAAGAAAUUAUUUCUUUUGGGAGUUGCUUGUAGUGUGUGCUUUUUUUUUUUUUUAAAUAGCCUGUAUAUUUAUACUUCUUUCUUAAAUCUGCAUAUGGCAAGAAAUUCCAGAGUCCUUCUUCUGCCUGAAAAGCACAUCAUGUGCAUGAUUGUCACGGGUACAGACAUAAAUGUGUCAUAAUUCACAUGUGAACAUGAGAUUCCUCACCUGAUGUCCGUGGAGCACGUGCUUUGGGAUUUGGGGGGUUUCCGGUUGUGCUGAUGGGGAAAUCCUAAAUCAUUUCUUUCCUCAAAGUGACCCCUUCCCCACGUGGCCAGUGGUUGGCAUUUCUUGGUGAAGAAGUCUCCUGGCUCCAGGCCGCAGGUCGGAGCCAGCCAACUUCCCUCCACAGAAGGUCAGCCGCUGGCCACCCCCUCAGAGCCGGCACACACAGUCAGCUCGGGGAAUGCAGGCAGGCCGUGGGAAAUCACAUUCUCAAUGGUUCGUUUGUCACUUGGCAGAUUUUUUACUUGUAUGGAAGAGCAGAGAUACGUAGUUGGGAGGCAAUGACCUUUCUGUCCGGGUGCCUGCCUCUGCUCUCCAUGUUGUGAAUGAUGGAGUGAUGUGUUACUCAAAACACUGUUUUGAGGAGUUCCAUAUAGGUGCUUUUCAUACUUGAAACGUGCAUAAAAUGUGGUGUCUAAUAGAAUAUGAUUUCCCCUGCUGGUCCUAUCUAAUAAGCCAGUACUUUUCAUUCCCUUUCUCCACCAUAAUUCCUUUCUUUGGCAAGAAAGUCUAUCGGUUAGGGUCCACGAAAAGGAUAUUUUGAUGCUUUAUCUUGUGAUUUCCUAGUAUAUAGUGUCCAUGUUGCUCCAUAUGAUCCAUAAUUAUUUCAUCAUGUUAUACCCAUUCAUCAGUGCCAUUUUUAUUCAAUUCUGACCUGGUCAGAAUGCUGAAAUCAUGGAAAGUCUGAACUGGAAGAGAGACCUUGGAGAGGUCUGCUAGUUCAGCUCCCUAAUUUUCUUGUGGGGAAACAGACCCAGUGAGUUAAAGUGUUAAUGGCAAAAGUAGGACAAGAUCCUUGUGCCCUUACCCCCAACGCAGUGCUCUUACACACCACGCUUUUAUAUUCAGAUAGUCUGUGGCUUUUUAAAUAUGAAAUAUUUAUGAUGGUUUAUAGUUGUUGUUUUCAGGGAGUCAUGUGGCUUAACCCUCUCUUUGUAAUAGCUGUUUAAAAAUCUAUCUUUGUGAAAGAUCCUGUUGCUUUUAUUCUUGCUGUGGACUGUGGUGGAAACUUUCUCCCUUUCCCCUUAAACUGUGUGAAAAAUCUUUGUUCUUUGUUAUUUAAAAUGAUGUACUGUAUUACCGUUUACAUGGAUAUUUUCUUGCAGGUGCUCACAAGUGC